AUGCCGUCGCAUACCCGCCCGAGCCACCACGGCAAGCUCAAGCCGACGCAGCGCCAGCCGCACGUUGCUGGGAAUGAGACAGUGCAACCCCGGCCGGCCACACCAGGUGCAGAACUCCCGCGUGCCGAUGGGCGCGCGCAGCAGCAGAGGGAGACGCAGGCGAUGGUGGAGGCGGCGGCGUUCGAGGCGCAGCGCCAGCGCGACAUGUUCAUGAAGCUGCCCAGGUCGUCGUUCCAGGACCUGGCGAACGUGCGCACGCGCAAUGUGGGGCUGCUGUCGCAGCUGUUGAAUCCGGACCCGGAGAUUUUCCCGGUGAAUCAUCCCUACAGGCGUAGGUUUAGUUAUGGGGAGAUUAGGCCUGGGGCGUCGAGGGGAGGCGGCGGGGGCGGGGGUGGUGGUGGUGGUGGUGGUGGUGGUGGAGGUUCGGGUGUGGCGCCAAUGCGCCCGUUGACGCCGGCUGCACCUGUGGCUGAUAAGCAGCCAACAGCCCCUGCGGUUCCGGCCGAGCGUACAGAUGGGUCUGCACAACAGCAGCAGCACCGUCGAAGCGAAAGCGGAAGCACGGCCGACAGAAAGUCGUCAGGAUCUAAUGUACCUUCGCGGAUGAACUUCUCUCCACCGCGUCGGCCAGGCGGGAUGAACCGCACCAAGAGCGCCGCCGCGAUGCCUGUGUCUCGUCAUCUUUUUGUGUGA